UUACUAGUAGUACCAGACUAGUUAGCAGGUCCUAGCAUGGAGAGAUGGAUAAUGGAUUCCUCCCUAACCUCCUCCACCCUCCAGUCUCACACUCCCAAUCCUGCACUGCCACACACACACACACACACACAUUAGUAGUAGUACCAAAGUAUGUAACUUCCAAUUCAACGAAGGGCCUAAUAAGCAGUUGUAGUCUAGUAGAGUUCCUCCACGUCAUCACCUACUCCCCGCGUCACUAUCUCUCUACCCCAAAUCCCCUCAUUCUUCGCGUGGCACCGUCAACUCAGUCAAAACCACUCACCCCUCCCUCCAUUUUCAUUCUCCUGCAAUCUACUAUACAUUCAUUCCCACAGCCUACAGGCUCCAAACCCCCCCCCCCCCCCAAACACAAAAAACAUAAAAAAAAACCCGAAAUCUAUAUAUAUAUAAGCCCACCUCCCCAAUCCCAGUGGUCUUCAUUACCCCACAGCCUCCACUCACAAUGUGAGAAAUUCCGACACCUCUUCAUCCUUACCUUAUUCCUCCAGUAAAAUCUCUCUUUUUUUCGCGUCCACCCUUUCUCCCCCAAAAAAAAGUUAAAAACCACCACCCCUUUGCUCUCCUGGCGAAGAAAAUGGAAGAAGAAGAAGGAACUGGAAAGAGACAAACGACUGAAUGUGACUACGACGUCGUCCGGAAAAAGCUCAGAACCGAGGGCGACGGCGACCAGGAUCAAGACGACGUGAUGGCCUCAUUGGCCUGGCUCGCUUUCGACGACCAGACUGUCACGGAGCUUUCGGAGCUCUUGGACUCCUCCUCCUUGGAGGCUUCGUCGUCGUCAGCGCAGCAGUUUAACGUUAAGGUGAGGUUCAUCGAGGACCCGUACAUGACGCCGGUGAUUUUUCAGUCGUCGUCGGCCUACGUCACCAUCAACGGCAACGAGGAGUCUUGCGGGUCGUCGUACUCGGACUCCGACUCAACGGUCAUGGCGAGCGUCGACAUGGGAAGCUUUCGGGUUGCGUUGAGGAAGCUGGCUAGGGAGCUGAACGUGGAUGAGACCGAUAGCCGUGGAGCGUGGGGCUCGGACGCCGCUGCGGAGGAGGAGGAGGAGGAGGUAAUAGCCCGGGGUGGUGGGUGGAGGGGGGGAAAUGAUUAUCUGGAGGGUAUUUUUGUAAAAUCGCCAAGCGGCAGCAGUGACUUGUGCGAGACGACUCCUUCUGACGGUGACGGUGAAAAUAUGUGGGUGAAACUUCUUCUGGGUGAGGAGGAUUUGUUAGGUGGGGCACGGUAAAUUGGAAGGAGUUGGUUGUGUGGAAAACGUUCGGGGGAAAGGGGCUAAAAUAAUACGAAUAUACGAAGCAGUAAAAAGAUUUAAAGAGGCUUCACUACUGUAAAUAGUAACAGUAGGGGGUGGUCAAGACUCAAGGCUCUGCAGGGUUACAUUUGAUCUAAGCUAAUGGGAGUGAGUUAAAACCGGGGUAGGCCGAGGCGGCGGCGGUAUUGGUGGUUUUUGGACAUUGUGGGACUCAGGUGGUUUGGUUUGGUGGCAUGAGCACAGUUCUAUAAUUCUAGCUACUGGUACCGCGACAACUGCUGUAAUAAUACUCCUCUAGAAAAUUAGAAAAUUGAACAGCAGUUGAAAAAGAAAACGUGGAGCGGAUUUUGUCUUCUUUUGAAGGAAAAAUGCCAGUUUUCGUCCUUAAAUUUUCGGUCAUG